GCGCGUGCUCCGCGGCUUGGCCCCUCUGGGACCCCGUAGGGCGUCUCCAUGGCGACCGCGUGGGCCUGGCGGCCUGCAUCGUUGGGCUGCACCGCUCUCGGUUCGCCGCGUGCCAGCGAGCUCCUGCUCGCGGAGAGGGGCGCCGCAGGAGGAUUGUAGGACGUUGAAGCAGCCUUCACGGUGCUGAUUCCCAGGAGAGGAUCCAUGAGGGAAGGCCCGGGGUGUCCGUGGGUCGCCCUCUCUCAUUCAUUGCUCAGCCUUUGGGCAGCUCCUUAACUACCCCAAGCCUCGCACUCCUCAGCACAAGCACGGGAAGGAAACCCAGCGCUGCUCCCUGAGCCGAACGGGCAGGAUUCCUGGGCUCAGGGAGGAGCUUAAAGUGGAAUCUUGGAACUCUGUGCUGCGAAGUGAGGCUCAUACAUUUAAUCAGAACCUUCUUGACUUCCUGCUUUCUUCCUUCCUUCGAACUUGAGUGUCAAAUUUAUACCGUUUAUGAAAAAUGGUGGUUUUGUGACUCCAGAGCGCACAGGAUGAGCAGUGGCCCCCCGACGGCUGGCAGAUGGACGGAAGCGGCCCCUCCGAGCUGCCCCCUGGGGCGGCUGAUCCAGAGCGCAGUGCCGGCCAAGUUAGCAGCGUGCCCGCCUCCCCCUCCGGAGAGGUUCACCAGGAGGUCAAGGGGGUCGUCCUUUCAUCGGUCUUAGACUUGAGUCAACGUGGCCUUCACCAUUUAGAAGACGUCUUUAAAAUCCCCAACAUUAAACAACUGCAUCUUCAAAGAAACGCCCUCUGCGAGAUUCCCGCAGACUUCUUCCAGUCGCUGCCAAACCUCGCGUGGCUGGACUUCCGCUACAACAGCAUCAGAGCUCUUCCUUCUGGGAUCGGGUCUCACAAGCAUUUGAAAACUUUGCUUUUAGAAAGAAAUCCUAUCAAAACGUUACCUGUGGAGCUGGGGAACGUGACCACACUGAGAGCCUUGAACCUGAGACACUGCCCCCUGGAGUUCCCCGCCCCCCUCGUCGUGCAGAAGGGACUGGGUGCCAUCCUGGCCUUCCUGCAGGCCUGGGCCAUGCAGCGGCCUCCUCCCCGAGGGUCAGCUUCUCCAGAGCGCGUGGCCGACAAAGACGCUGUUAAUUCUCAGGAUCGAAGGGGGAGGUUAAAAGAAAAGGCAGACUUCCUCCCUCCUGUCGAAAAGCUGGACCUGAGUGAGCUGGGCAAGUCCACUGCCUCCCCAGAAGACUGGCCGGGCGAGGAGGAAAUCAGGCGCUUUUGGAGGCUGAGGCAGGAGAUUGUCGAGAAGGAGCGGGAGGAAGUGCUUGCAAAGCAGCUCUUACCGGCAGAGUUACCUGCAAACCUCAAGGCGGCUCUGAACACGAAGGAGAUAGAACAUUCCGGCUCCAGACACGUUCUCAGCGCGUGCCGUCCACGGUGGAGUGUUCACCGCGGGGUCUGUGACGGUAGAAGGAAGACGUCCUCCCUCAGGAGCGUCCUACCGGCCCUGGCGCCACGGCAGCGAGUGGGGCUUCCCGCCAGGAGAGCGGAGGACAGCGGAGCCUUGGCCCCCAGGGAGCAGCGCAUAAGAGACGAAGGAGCACCGCGGGAGUGGCGGGAGCGAGCCCGGACCCGGAGGACAGCGGAGGCGGCCCUGGGCAAGCCCCUGCCUCCCCAGAGGAGUCUGGUACAAGGACGCCAGCGGGAGGGGUCUCAUCCGGUCCGGGGGCCACGGUGCCCGCUGCAGAGGUGGAGCCUGCGGCCCGCUGACAGACCUAUUUCCUCUCAUGCGGUGUCAAAGAUUCCCUGUGCCGUGGAUUUGGCAGACAAGGAGAAAAUGCCAGUGAAUCCACCCGGAAACGUGAGGCAAAGCAAAGAGAAGUCAUCGCAAACAAGCGAAGAAAUGAGGGCCUUCCGAGAGGAGCUCUGGGAAGAAAACACAAAGCAGCACCUUCAGAAAACGCACGAGGGAAGAAAAAGAUUUCAAGGCACGGCGCCACUCAAGGAAACGAGUCCGGCUGCCCGGGACUUGGAGAUUGCCAGGAAGCUACAGGAUCAAGUGACGGAGUCGGGACCGGGCCCGACCUUAACUAGAAGCCACCGGUUCGCGGCUCUCGCUGGGCACCGUCCACGCCACCCACCUGCGUCCCAGCCCCAGAAGAUAUUGUUCGACACGAAAUACUGAGUCUGAGGACGGUCGCGAGUGCUAAUGAGUGAGGAUCCCUGGCGCUGACAAAGACUCUUCAGACCGAGGAGUGGGUGUAGCGGCUCGUGGGCCCUGCCUGGGUGUCCUUCCCUGCGAGCGCGCCCGGGGCGUCCGCUCCAACGCCACCCCCUCCUCCCCGGGGUCUGCGCGGCUUUUUCAGAGGCUGUAAAAGGGUUAAGCCGGAUUAAAGGAGAGAACACCAAGGACGAGCCACCGGGUGUGCACUCCUGUGCCCGUGUCUCUGCCCGUCCCACCGACGGCACGUCCGCGGGUCAGCACCUGGCCCUCCCCUCUGCCCCCGUCAGCCCCUCCUAGCUAGCCCUCACCCAGCCUGCUCAGACCCUCCUGCAGGAGCCUCCGACUGAGUGUUCAAUAAAUUCAAGGGCUUGACCUUGAAACUGUCUUUGA